CACCUUGGAAUGGUGCGUUACGGUGUAAGAUCUACCAUAUCAAGUUUUGAUCUUGCUAUUUUCCGGCCGGGUUUAUUUAAAUGCAGGAACAUUCCAGGAUCAAAAUUUGGUGUACUUUUUCACACUAUUUAUUUAUUUAUUUUUUUUACUCUAUUUAUUUUUCACUGCUAAUAUACCGUUUGUUUCAGAGGGAUGCAGGUAAAUUUAACCUAUAUAUAAAUAACCAUUUACAAAAAUAUAACAGUGGAGAACGUAUCACAAUUUAAUACUAUUUUCUAUUUCAGAUUUACAAGCAGGCAAUCAGCGAUCAAAGCGGCGAAUUAUCUCUUUCUUUAGAAAGGUCAAGAUUACCGUACGAUACAGUGACAAGUAGACCGCGUCGAUUUAUUCGUGCCGAGUUCCAUAAUUAUGGUUUCUUUUUCGAACACUUACGAUAAUGUAUUUUUGUUUUUCAUCACAUCUUCAACUUAUAUUCCGGGUUGCGAACUUUCGCGGAUAAUUAAUAUGUACAACGGUUUUAUUAUAAGCAAUCUUAUUAACACGGGAACGCGAAAAAAAAGUAAUACAAGAACAUAGGUGAAACUCAAAAGCAACGAUUUAAGUUGUUUAGUUGUCCAGUUUUCUCGUAAAGCUACGGCGCGGGUUUCGGUUUUUCAGCAUUGGCAGUAACACUAAACGGAAUUGCAUACAGUUUAUUUUCUGACUGAGAAACGAUAAGCUUAAAACGUGCGUUAUUACGAGUUGAUCCGACAUAAGCGCGGUUUAAAAAUUAUUCAUACCCGGUAUAUAAUUAAAUUUAAUACACAAACAUACAAUAAAAUUAUUGUAUUCUUCCGACAGCCGGCUGGCGGAAGACUAAAUCAUAUCAAGGGUUGCAUAGUUCAUAUCACAUACCAAUGUGAAUCCAGAUCUAUGUAACUUUCUAUCCCUUCCCUUCCCACUAACAAACUUCCUUCCUGUGACAACCGUGGGGAUGCGGAGGUACACACGGUCUCUAGUAGCAACGGAUGUCACACCAACAUUCCUUCCCUUCCCCGAUGACCGUAAGGACGUGGCCGGCGCCGGUACUGACAAUUUAAAGUUUUGAACCUUCAAAAUUGCACAUUGAGGAUGGAAAGCUACACCCAGGCCCCAUCCAUUUGGUUCCCUGUGCAAUGUUGACUGUUCUGGUCAGUAACGGAGUAGCAACUACGAAUUGUACGGUCAUCUCAUGCUCAUGCUCAUGCUCAUAACGAACGUGUUCUAGAUCAGCGAGGUUGCGUCUCCAAAGGGUUAAGUAAUGUUACCUAAUCUACUGCAUUUAUAAAAGUAGUUCGAGGAUCAAUAAGCGUUGUUAUAUAUUUUUGGGAUAUUAAAGGAUAAAGGGAUAUUAAAGAUCAAUAGGUCAGCUGAUAAGAAUGGUAUCGUAGCUGAACUCAUCAAGAUGGGCCCAGAAAAGUUUGGCUGCCUGCACCGACUAAUAGUCCGGAUCAGGUUAACCGUGUUCGGCUACCGGAAAAGUGGAAGGAAGGGGUCAUUUGUCCAAUCUACAGGAAAGGUGACAAGUUGGAAAGUGAGAAUUUUCGAGCUAUCACAAUUCUGAAUGCUGCCUACAAAUCCAUAUCCCAGAUCAUCUGUUUUUGUCUUUCACUCAAAGUUUGUGUAAAUGAGAUUGUGGGAAGUUAUAAAGCCGGCUUCGUCGCAGACGGCCACUGGACAAUGGACAAUAAGUUAUCGUUACGCACAUGAUGAAAUAAUUUAUCGUUACACCAGUAGACGUUAGGUUCUAAACUCAAUAACAGUUUGGAUGACCUGGAACAUCCCGACUGAUCUGAUACUGUCUAUUGAACAUUCAGAAGGCUUACUAGACAUGCUAGAUUACAAAUCGUAGUUUUGUAUAAUGAAAUAAUUUAUUGUUACACCAGUAGAAGUUAGAAUCUAAGCUCAAGGACAGUUUGGAUGACCUAGGACGUCAUGACUGAUCUGAUACUGUCUAUUGAACAUUCAGGAGGCUUACUGGACAUGAUAAAUUACAAAUCGUAGCUUUUUAUAAUGAAAUAAGUUACCGUUACACCCGUAGACCUUUGGAUCUUAUCUCAAGAACAGUUUGGAUGACCUAAGAUAUUCAGACAAAAAUAUUCUGCGUCAUAUUCUACUUUCUUUAUGCCGUUGUGCACCAAAACUACAGAAAUACGUAGAAAAAACUGUAUAAUAACGCUUGGAAAAAUUUCGGCUUCAAAGGGUUAAAUUCGAGCAUUGUUCUAUAAAUUGCAAAAUCUUUAUUAUCAUUACUUUAUUAUUAUAUUUUCAACAUCAUGCUUCUCCUUUUGUGCUUAAAUAAUAAGAUCGAACGCCAUUGUGUAGUAAUUCGUUUUGGCAAAAUAUUACACAUAUAUACAAAUAAAACGUAAUAAAUUACACGAAUGGUCUCUAAAUUAUAUUUUUAUUGAAGGCUCAAGCGCCAACAGGCAUAACGGGACCGAAUUAUAUUUCUUUAUUUCCACAUAUUGCUUAUCGUCCUACAUACCUUCCGGUUAGUUUUGCGGAACCGUAGAAUUCGCGGUUUGGUCGAGCUUAGGGAAAACACACAAAUAUUAGUCCUGUUCAACGACUUUGGUUGUUGAACUUGCUCGCAGUUUCUACAUUCUUCUCUUACUCAUUUGUCAACAACUUCGAGCAAGCUCAACCUACGUUGUUGCCUCUGGGCACACUGCUCCGAAUCAAACGAACGGAGUGUCGUCGACGCUUAACGAUGGCCUUGACAGGUCAAAAGCAGAUGAGGUCGAUGACGAGGCAAAAGCAUUGAAACCAGCAUGCAGAGAAGACUAGGAGCUAUAGUUAAACGUGAAAUUGCCUCAAAAGAUCAAAAUUAUUAAAUCCUAAUGAUUGAAUUUGAUAUUCUAUCUAGCCUAAAGUGAAUUCGUUAUCCUACAUCAAUCAAACAGUGAGUUCGAGAAUUUGUUAUACUAGUUGGUAAUGAAAUACUAAUUGAAAUCGCAUUUCUAUAAAAUAGGUUAGAAUCUGCAAGUUAGAGUUCUACAUAUUGAAGUCGUGAACUACUAUUACUUUAUUCAAUUAGGUAAAGUGCUAGGUAAAAAUAAUCAUGCAAAUAGUUCUAGAUUAGCUAACGAUACUUUGAUUGCAGUUAAAGCUAAUCCAAUUAGUUGUGUCGGGCAAGGAGGCUGCAAAAACUCCGCCAGUACACCGAAAGUUUUAAAGCUGCGCUAAACCCAAGUACUGCGUGACGCUGCUAACAGCCCGGUGACAGCAUACCCUUGCCCUCUUACAACACAUCUUUAAAACUUUCGAUAUGAGUACUCAAUCGAAGAAUAAGCUCCUGAUAUCGUCGGAUCCAAUACGAGAGGGAGGCUGCGUCAGCUGUUCGCGCCCCGAUUCGUACGACGAUUUCGUACAGUGUGACCAGUGUGACAGCUGGUGGCACAUGCGCUGUGCGGGAGUCACAAAAUCAAUAUCGCAGCGGCCGUGGACCUGCCGCACUUGCCUACCAUUAAGCGUAGCAUCCAGCAGCAGCUCAGCUCGUAUUUCGCUCCGGCUGAAACAAAUCGAGGAAGAGCGCGCUAUACAGCAGCGCGAAUGGGAGGCAGAAAAACGAGCGCUCGAGAACGAGAGAAAGGCCAUGCAGGAGAAAUAUAAACUGCUGGAGGAUCAGCUCGCUGAAAGAGAAAACGCCACCCGGCGUAGCCAAGUUAGCCGACCAUCGAGCAUGAGGCGUGUUAGUGCUUGGGUCGAAAAUCUUGUCGAAAGCCAGGAAGUCGAGGGUGCAGUUGGUGGAGUGGUCAUCGGCGUAGCGUCAGAAGCAGACCAAGAUGUUCUACGUGAAGAAGCCGAAGAAGCAACGCCGUCAACCGUCGGCCGCACCGCUGACGUCAUUCAACGAUCGGAGAAGCCGGUGCACCCGAAUCAACUGAACGUCCCCAUGCAACUAGUCUCUUCUGACUCGUCGCCCCAGGAUGGAAAUCAGCAGCAAAACAAAGGCGCGAUUCCAAAAAUAGUUCCGAAUAGUUGUGAACCGAUCCGCGAUGGUAAUGUAUGGACAGCUAAAGGUAAUUUCACAUCCUCUGUACCCCCCGUACUACAUCCAGGUAAGCCAACCAUUGUUCCAAAGCCAAAAGAUAAAAUUUCCGCUCAAACGAGCGACGAUGCAUAUAAAGAUUUGCUAGCAAAAUUAGGGUCAAUUGGUGUGUCUCCUAUUGUCCAGAGCGCACCACAAGUUUUUGCAACAGAGCCCAUAAUACAAGGGCAUGUUUACCCUACCGUUCCGCUUCCUUUAACCAUGGGAGAGAACGAAUCUUGCAUUGCUCAUAGAGCAAAUACAGAUCCACAUGUUACUAACAUGCAGUCAAUCGCGCCUUCCCCGUCAAUAGUACCCAACGUAACCGAGCAAGCCCCUUCCCCCUCGCAGUUAGCCGCGCGUCAGGUAAUGCCUCGCGACUUACCGAUGUUCUCCGGUGAUCCCGCGGAGUGGCCUAUCUUCAUAAGUGCGUUCGAAAAUACUACCGUCGCGUGUGGCUAUUCUAAAGUGGAAAACCUUGCGAGACUUCAACGGUGCUUGAAAGGUGCAGCAUACGAAUCUGUUCGAAGCCGUCUCUUGUUACCAGAAUCAGUGCCACAAGUGUUAAGUACUCUGCGUCUUUUGUACGGCCGACCGGAACUGCUUAUUAAUGUUCUUUUAAACAAACUGCGGUCAACCCCAGCGCCGAGAUCUGACAAACUAGAGACGCUCAUCGAGUUUGGUCUGGCUGUGCAGAGUUUGUGUGACCAUCUUGUAGCAGCAGGACAGCAGCCUCAUCUGACGAAUCCCUACUUGUUGAUGGAGUUGGUGGACAAGCUACCUGCGCACGUGAAAAUGGAUUGGGCGAGUUACAUGCAGAGAUAUCCCGAGGUGAACCUGAAGACCUUCAGCAACUUCAUGGAGGGCAUCAUGGUCGCGGCGAGCAAAGUUACGCUGUACACGAGUAGUUGCACCGAAAAAACAAAACCCAAACCCAGGACAUCUAUCAACACCCAUUUCAACGAACAGGAAUGGCCAAAGGACGAUGAAAGGAUUUGCUGCAUCUGUAAAAAUCGUGGACAUCGCGUUCGGGAAUGUGAUGCUUUCAAAGCGCUAUCCAUCAAUGAUCGCUGGAAAACAGUGCAAUUUCAUGAACUAUGUAGAAGUUGUCUUUGUGCCCACGGCAAAAGAAGUUGCCGAAAUGCUGCUCAGUGCGGUAUCAAUGGGUGUACCUUUCGUCAUCAUCCCCUGCUCCAUUCAAACCGAAGCGAGCCAGCUCCGCGUGAAGUAGAGACGCAGAACGUAGAAGCGGCGGGAAACCACACUCAUCGCCUGCUGAAUCAGUCACUACUGUUCCGAGUCAUUCCAGUGACGCUUUAUGGACCUCGAAAGGCAGUGACAACCUUUGCCUUCCUCGACGAUGGAUCACAGCUGACACUUAUCGACGAAGAACUUACUCGAGAACUUGGCGUUGAUGGUAGGAGUGUUCCGUUAUGCAUCACUUGGACCGGGAAUGUGUCCAGGAUGGAAGAAAAUUCGAAGCAGCUGCGGCUAGAUAUAUCUGGCGUGGAUAAGGGAAAACGUCUGAAUCUCGACGACGUGCGCACCGUGAAAAAACUGGCCCUGCCAGGUCAGACGCUUCGUCUAGACGACCUCAGAGACAGAUUUCCAUAUCUCAAUGGCUUACCAAUUUCAGGCUAUGAGAACGCUUUGCCACGUCUACUCAUUGGAGUCAACAAUCUGCACUUAACCGUCCCGCUGAAAGUUAAGGAAGGAAGUUUCAAUGAGCCGGUAGCUACUAAGACGCGGCUCGGGUGGUGCAUCUAUGGAGGAAAUGGCUCCUCCACGUCAAAUUCAGUCAACGUCCAUGCUUGUGAGUGCAACUGUGAUCGCAAUCUUCAUGAUCUGAUAAAGGAUUAUUUUAUCUUGGAGGAUGCCGGUGCAACAUCGACGAGUGAACCAGUUUCGGCCGAAGAUAAAAGAGCACAGGAACUUCUGCAGCAAACCACGGUCCGAGUCGGCGAUAGGUUCGAAACCGGGUUAUUGUGGAGAGAAGAGGAAAUCGAGUUUCCCGAAAGCUACGGAGCUGCGGUGCGAAGAUUGGAGUGUUUGGAGAGACGCAUGAAGAAGAAUCCGUCUUUAAAAGAUAACCUGGAACGUCAAAUCAACGAAUAUCAACAGAAGGGUUAUGCUCACCGUGCCAGCGAAAAGGAGUUACGAUCGGCAGACUUAAGAAGGGUCUGGUAUCUUCCUCUCGGAGCCGUAGUCAAUCCAAAGAAGCCGGAAAAGGUGCGUCUCAUUUGGGACGCGGCUGCUACGGUGAAUGGGGUAUCCCUCAAUUCCCUUCUGCUUAAAGGUCCGGAUCAGCUGACUUCGUUGUUAGCGGUUUUGGUACGUUUCCGGCAAUAUUCGGUAGCAGUCUCAGCGGAUAUUAAGGAGAUGUUUCAUCAGGUUAGAAUCCGUGAAGCCGAUCGUCAAUCCCAGCGAUUCUUGUGGCGAAACGAACCAUCAAGCAGUCCAGAUAUUUUUAUCAUGGACGUUGCAACGUUUGGAUCAACGUGCUCACCGGCCUCUGCACAAUAUGUGAAGAACAGGAAUGCAACGGAAUACGCGGAAGAAUUUCCAAGAGCUGCAGAGGAAAUCAUUCACAACCAUUACGUGGAUGAUUAUUUGGCAAGCUUCGAGACGGAGGCGGAUGCAGCAGAAACUGCGGAACAAGUAAAGUUUAUUCACAUCCAAGGUGGUUUCGAACUUACGAACUGGAACUCCAACAGUACUAUAGUACUGCAUCGAGUAGGAGCAGCAGAAGAUAAUGACCGGAAGCAUCUGUUUCUGGACAAAGGCAAUCAGUUUGAACGUGUUCUCGGAAUGCUGUGGUUAGUUGGCGAGGAUCAGCUUAGCUUCUGUACACAACUUAAAGAAGACGUACAGGAAAUCAUUGCGGGAAAUAUCGUACCCACGAAACGGCAGGUUCUACGUUGCCUAAUGAGCUUCUUCGAUCCUUUGGGCCUGUUGAGUUUCCUAUUCGUCCACGGCAAAAUCUUGCUGCAGGAUGUAUGGCGUGCCGGAAUACAAUGGGAUCAAACAAUCAGCAAUGAACAGUGGGAGCGUUGGCAGAAAUGGAUCGCGGUUCUUCGACAUGUAUCUACCAUACAGAUUCCCCGAUGUUAUUUCAUGAACGCCACGGCACAAUACUACAAGGAAGUACAGCUACACGUUUUUGUAGAUGCGAGUGAAGGAGCAUAUGCUGCUGUCGCCUACUUCCGGAUUAUCGACCUGAAUGGGACACCAAGAUGCGCAUUAGUGGCGGCCAAAACCAAGGUGGCACCGCUUAAGCCGUUAUCGAUACCCCGUCUCGAGCUACAAGCGGCUGUUCUCGGGACCCGCUUAUUACACUUCGUUCUGGAAGCCCAUACCAUAACUGUAAAACAGCGAUACUUAUGGUCAGACUCCACAACAGUUCUGGCGUGGCUGAGAGCAGAUCCUCGAAAGUAUAAGCAGUACGUAGCAUGCAGGAUCGGUGAAGUUGUAAUGGAGACAGAUGCCAGCGAGUGGUGGUGGGUACCAUCAAAGUUGAAUCCGGCGGAUUUGGCAACAAAAUGGGGAAGCGGCCCCACCCUGGACGCUGAUGGGAUAUGGUUUAACGGACCUCCUUUUCUGUUGAAACCCAUCGAAGAGUGGCCAGCGCAGACUACACAUCAGCAAACAGUAGAAGAAGAACUACGUGCAUGUAAUAUGCAUUUGCAAGCCACACCAAUACCUUCAGUAAUUGAUUACGAUCGAUUUUCAAAUUGGGAAAGACUCCAUAGAACUACAGCCUACGUACAUAGAUACAUUGCCAACUUGAAACGAACGUGUUACGGCAAGGCGAGGUUAAGCGGGCACUUGACUCAAGAGGAGCUACAGCAGGCUGAAGCAACGCUGAUACGAUUGGCACAGUGGCAAUACUAUCCCGAAGAAAUGUCGGUCCUUACACAGGAUCGUGAGCGUCCACCAUCCGAGCGAAAAGGUUUAGAGAUCAACAGUUCACUGUAUCGUUCUACGCCGUACAUUGACGAGUUUGGCGUUUUGCGGGUUGACGGAAGAAUAGGAGCGGCUAAGCAUGCGGAGGUGGGAAUGAAGUUCCCAUCCAUUCUACCAAGAAGUCAUCGCGUCACGAGUCUCAUACUUCAUGCAUUCCAUCGAAAGUUCAAGCAUGCCAACUUCGAGACGGUUGUGAACGAAAUUCGGCAGCUGUAUCAUGUACCUCGACUCAGAGUGACUGUCAAGAAGAUCAGCAGUGAAUGUUUGAUUUGCAAGUUGCGCAAAGCGGUUCCUCAGAUCCCACGGAUGGCCCCUCUUCCACCGGCUCGUCUAGCAACGUUUGCUAGGCCGUUCACCUACGUAGGAUUGGAUUUCUUCGGACCACUGGUGGUAAAAGUCGGGCGAGGUAAUGCAAAACGAUGGAUUGCUCUCUUCACUUGUUUGACCAUUCGAGCUGUACAUUGUGAAGUAGUUUGUAGUCUAUCGACGGAAGCUUGCGUAAAGUCUAUUCGCCGUUUCGUGUGUCGCCGAGGUGCACCGGCAGAAAUUUACUCAGACAACGGCACCAACUUCCACGGUGCCGAACGUAUAUUGAUGAAGCAAAUUCAGCAGGGAGUUGCUGCAACCAUAACAAGCACGACCACCAAAUGGUUCUUCAUCCCACCAGCGUCACCCCACAUGGGUGGGGCGUGGGAACGUAUGGUGCGUUCAGUUAAGCAGGCAAUGCUGGGCGCCUACAAUUCCGACAGGAAACUGGAUGAUGAAUCUCUUUUGACGUUUGUUUCUGAAGCGGAAAGCAUGGUCAACAGCCGACCACUCACUUAUCUCCCUCUGGACGCAGAGGAAACCGAAGCAUUGACUCCGAAUCAUUUUUUGUUAGGAAGCUCAAGUGGUGUACGACAGCCGGUUGUUGAACCAACUGACAACUCAGCCGCCCUCCAAAAUACUUGGCAUUUGAUCAACCAUCAACUAGACGGCUUCUGGAAACGAUGGAUCCGCGAAAUGUUACCGACCCUAACAAAAAGGACCAAGUGGUUUGGUGAAGUGAAGAUGGUUAGCACUGGAGAUUUGGUGAUGAUCAUAGACGACAGUAAAAGGAACAACUGGAUCAGGGGACGCAUAGUGGAGGUAAUCAAAGGAUGUGACGGACGAGUCCGUCAGGCGGUAGUAAGAACUGCAGGGGGCUUGCUGCGCAGAUCUGUCUCUAAGCUAGCUAUCUUGGACGUCCUGGCUAAUGGUAAAAUUGGAACCGGUGGCCAAUGUUACGGGGGGGAGGAUGUUGCCUCUGGGCACACUGCUCCGAAUCAAACGAACGGAGUGUCGUCGACGCUUAACGAUGGCCUUGACAGGUCAAAAGCAGAUGAGGUCGAUGACGAGGCAAAAGCAUUGAAACCAGCAUGCAGAGAAGACUAGGAGCUAUAGUUAAACGUGAAAUUGCCUCAAAAGAUCAAAAUUAUUAAAUCCUAAUGAUUGAAUUUGAUAUUCUAUCUAGCCUAAAGUGAAUUCGUUAUCCUACAUCAAUCAAACAGUGAGUUCGAGAAUUUGUUAUACUAGUUGGUAAUGAAAUACUAAUUGAAAUCGCAUUUCUAUAAAAUAGGUUAGAAUCUGCAAGUUAGAGUUCUACAUAUUGAAGUCGUGAACUACUAUUACUUUAUUCAAUUAGGUAAAGUGCUAGGUAAAAAUAAUCAUGCAAAUAGUUCUAGAUUAGCUAACGAUACUUUGAUUGCAGUUAAAGCUAAUCCAAUUAGUUGUGUCGGGCAAGGAGGCUGCAAAAACUCCGCCAGUACACCGAAAGUGUAAGUCGCAGUGUAAUUGUAGGCAAACGCUAUAUUCUAAUAAAUUAAUCUUAUUGCAGUUUAAAGCUGCGCUAAACCCAAGUACUGCGUGACGCUGCUAACAGCCCGGUGACAGCAUACCCUUGCCCUCUUACAACACUACGUCGUUGAACAGGACUAUUGUAUUUCAAAAUUCGAUAAACAGGCGAGGUUCACGAAUAACACCAGAAAUUGAGAAAAACAGUUAUUUUGAGUUUGCAAAAUACGUAAGGGAUGCACAUCCAUAUGAACCUUUUUGAAGUUUAGUCUCUUAGCUUGGCAGCAUCAAGUCUCUUCGCCCUAGUAUUUAAUGUUUACAGAUAUAUUGAUUUCGUUUUAAUCUUCCCUUAAUCACUCACUACUUUACCUACCUUUCAGUCGCAUAAACUCGUUCUCGAUAUUGAGCGUCUCCUCGUCAGUAUAUUCCUGUUCGAAUUCCAUCCCGACCAAAUG